AUGUCUGAGAAACCGUUCAUUAAGUCGAAUGGCUCUGAAUCUGCAAGCCAUGACGAUGCUGAGAUCAAGGCGGCGUCCGAGGGUGCCCCAAUAGCUCUUGGCAGUCCAUCAAAGGACAGAGUUCGGACUCGGCGCAGGAUCUGUAUUCUCAGCAUCAUCGCGUUUUUCGUUGUUAUCUUGGCACUUGCUCUAGGUUUGGGCUUGGGAUUAGGACUUCAACAUCAUUCCAGUGCCAACUACGUUACAACCAAUUCAUCGUUCUUGUUAAACUCUUCUUUCGUGAUAACGAGCACACCGACGACAAGGUACUAUGAAUGGGCCGUAGGGGAGGCCACCGGAUCACCUGAUGAUUUUCAACGAACAAUGCUGGUUGUAAAUAAUCAAUUCCCUGGUCCACUUAUUGAAGUGAACAGUGGAGAUGAGCUUGUAGUCAAUGUUUUCAACAAAAUGUCGAACGGUACUACGAUCCACUGGCACGGUCAAAUCCAGAAUGGAACUAACUAUAUGGACGGCACAAGCGGUAUCACUCAAUGUCCAAUUCCACCUGGUAUGAAUUUCACAUACAGGUUCACCAUAGACCCAAAUCAAUACGGAACAUUCUGGUGGCAUGCACAUGCCUCUACCCAGUACACCGAUGGGAUCUAUGGCCCAUUUAUCAUUCACUCUCCCAAUGAACCUAUAAUAGAUCAAUAUGAUCGUGAAGCUGUCAUCGUGCUGUCUGACUGGUAUCAUGACAUGUCAUCAGGUUUACUCACCCAAUAUCUCAGUAACGCUGGUAUCGAUGGAUCCAACUACGGCGGAUUCAAUCCCGGUGCCGAACCCGUUCCAGAUAGCGGUCUCAUCAACGGCCUCAUGACAGGCUCAUCUUUUAUAUUCGAGCCUAAUCUACGAUACCGACUACGCCUCAUCAACGCAGGCUCACUCACUGAAUUUGUGUUCAGCGUUGAUGACCACGUACUUGACGUCGUCGAAGCAGACGGCACCAGCCUUGAUGCUGUAAGCGUACACCGCGUCCCAAUCAAUGUCGCACAGCGUUACUCUGUCAUCCUCACCACCAACCAAACAUCUGGAUCGUAUAACGUCCGCGGCGAGAUGCAGAGCGUAUGCUAUAAGCUCACAAAUCCAAAUUUGAACACCAUGGUCCUCGGCACGAUGACAUAUGGCGCAGAGCCAUCAACCAACGUGACAACCCAAGACUGGUCUGACGCGUUUCCUCAGGACUGUGUCGAUUUAAACUCUACCAUGAUAGUUCCCGCCCUUCCUUUGGCCGCUCCAAACAGCACACAAGACGUUUUAGUAACUAUGUCUUUCCAGCAGACUGUUGACUCUGGAGGCCAACAAACACGCGCAUUUAUCAAUAACACGAGCUGGCAACCGGACAGCUCAGAUGCAACAGUAUUACAGAUGUCCUUAGGUGGUGCAACUACCUCCUUCGAUUCAAAUCAGCUCGUAGUAGUUAGUGAUAAUAUAGGUGUCAUCAAUUUAGUGCUAAACAACCAAGACGACGCAAGCCAUCCAUUUCAUCUUCAUGGACAUGUCUUUUGGAUCGUCGGAGAAGGCGCAGGUCUCUACGAGCCUGGUGUCUCUAUCUAUACUAGCAGCACUAAUCCUCCACGGCGAGACACCCUUUCUGUGCCUGGGUACAGCUGGAUCGCAAUUCGGUUCUCAACCGACAAUCCCGGACUAUGGGCGUUCCAUUGCCAUAUUGGUUGGCACAUGGCCGCAGGACUGCUCAUGCAGUUUGCAAGUCUACCAAGCGAAAUACAGAAGUUUAACAUCCCAUCCUAUGUAGGAGAGCAGUGCAAGAGUCAAAGCGGGGGAUCACUUGUUGGAUAG